AUGACUUGCGACAAACUAGUCACUAUUGUAGAUGUUACCGGUGCGCAAGCCAGUGCAGUAUUGAAAGCGUUCGGCCAAACUGGCAAAUAUAAAGCAAAAUGGCCUCUAUUGGUCUCUGUAUGUCUCUAUGUCAAAUUCUGCUCUCUAACACACGAUCCAACCAGUGAAAAGGCACAAGUAGCACAACGUCGUCUAGACGAAAAUAUCGAAAUCUUAUUGUGUGACAUCAGAAAGAAGGAUGACGUCGAAAGAGCAUUUAAAGAUUCGUAUUCUUUCUUUGCUUUGACGGACUUUUGGACACAGCCGGAUAAGCGUGACGUUGCAAUUCAUGAAGGGAUUAUUAUGGCUGAUGUAGCUGCUCUACUUGAAAUACCUUAUUAUAUUUUUAGUGCCCAAAAAGAUGCAACUAAGAUAAGCGAUGGAAAGCCGUGA